CACACAGAGGCACACACAGACAGACAGAGGGCCCCUCCUCCUCCCCGCCCUCCUGGCUUUCAGGGGCAUCGAGGCCAGCACAGGAUUACUUCAAGUUGUAGCAGAUGGCUCUGAUCGGACACAGUCCAAGAGAGAACUGGGAUGAGGGGAGAAUCUUAUUUCGUUGGAAUGAGAAACCCUGGUCAGUAUGGCUGCAUUCCAGAUGAUGGAGGACUCUUCUUACUGUACUGCAUGAUGGACAGCCACAGGGAUGUCACCAGAUGUUUCACAGAGGAAGCUUUCCAUGCAAUCACCGACUUCAAUGAUCUUCCAAACUCCCUGUUUGCAUGCAACGUUCACCAGUCAGUAUUUGAAGGAGAAGACAGUAAGGAGAAAUUUGAGGGACUGUUCCGAACCUAUGAUGAUUGUGUGACAUUUCAGCUAUUCAAGAGCUUUAGACGUGUGCGAAUAAACUUCAGUAAUCCUAAAUCUGCAGCUCGAGCCAGAAUAGAGCUUCAUGAAACACAGUUCAGAGGGAAAAAGUUAAAGCUCUACUUUGCCCAGGUUCAGACGUCUGACUCCGAUGGAGACAAACUUCACUUGGCUCCUCCGCAGCCCGCGAAACAGUUCCUCAUCUCACCUCCAGCGUCUCCCCCGGUAGGCUGGCAGCCCAUCGAUGAUGCCACUCCAGUUAUCAACUACGACCUCCUCUAUGCUGUGGCCAAACUAGGCCCAGGAGAGAAGUACGAGCUGCACGCAGGGACCGAGUCCACACCAAGCGUGGUGGUGCACGUGUGCGACAGCGACCUGGAGGAGGAAGAAGACACCAAGAACUCUCCCAAGCCCAAAAUCGUCCAGACCCGUCGCCCUGGUCUUCCCCCACCUGUGUCUAACUGAGCCCUCCUCUAUGCCGCAAACAGUAUUAUCCCUCUCUUCUCUCGUGACUUCUCUUUGUAGGGUUUUCUGUUUAUUUCGUUUUGCAUUGGUGUGUCUGAAGGCAUCACCUGCCUUGAAAGAGUCCUGGACACUUAGCUCAUCCGGUCUCCCUUUCCCAUAAUCAAGCCUUGCUUCUCAAGGGCUAGGAAGAGGUGGCGUUAUGUUUCCCGAGCCGUAUCGUUCACCGCAAAAGUGUCACACAUCUCACCCGAUGGGCUGUGCUAAGAUGACAUCAUGUCAAGUACAUCAUUGUCAGAAUACGCACCGACGUAGUCCCACUCCCUAAAUGAAAACCCAGGAGCGUCACUUAAUAAACACCCCCUGGGGUUUUUAUUUGCUUUGUCAGGCCUCACCCUGAGGUGUAUUGAGUGUUUUUCCUAGCCACAGUGAUAGGACCAUACAUACCCUUGAAUUUUGACUGCCUAUGAAAUGCUAUCCUCUUGUCUCACUCAGUCCUCUGCAACCCAUUCAUUCAUUCUUCAUUCAGUUGUAUUUAUUGAACGCUUACUGUGUACAAAGCACUGACUAAGCGCUUGGGGGAGGACCCCAUCACUCCGUAUGCUAAGCAUGGUCACCAGCAUCGAAUCAUUGGAGGAUUCAUUCUAAACCAUUCAUUUGUUGCAUCCAGUAGACUGCAGUGAGAGCUAGGUAGAUUUCAAAGUCAUUUUAGAUUGUCAGCCGAGGCAGACCUUACUUGACUUUUUUUUCUUUACUUUUUGGCGUGUGCUCUUGAGAAAGUUCUUCGUACAUCUCAGUUUAAAUUUCUGGAGAGGAAAUUAACCCCGAAGAUGUCUCUUGGUGAGUUAGAGACAUCCCUCGUGUAGAGAGGGCUUUCAUAUUCCUGUUAAGGAUGCAUGUGCAGUUGGAGAGACUGAAAUGAUAAUGUUGGUCAUAAGUAGCUUUACAGUAUCGAAACAUUCUUUUUUUGUAUAUUUGUAUUAAUGUCUCGGUUGUGCUAGCCAAAGGGAUGAUGCUGUUAUUUGUGAGUGUUCAUCUUUUACCUGCCUAGAAACAUCGUUAUGCAUUUUUGCUAAAUCAUUCAUGUAAUGUUCAAGAUUUGGACUAAAUAACUGAGUAUUGAAGGGGUUCAAAACCUCUCCUGCUAGAUUAUAAUUAAGUAAUAAACACUCUGCUAUUAAAAUAUAUGCACUUUUUCUCCAUUUAACAAAGUGAAUGAUAAUUUCUUUCCCAAGUAUAAUUGUAAUUGAUUACACUAAACCAGAAAAUAAAAAAAUCAAUAUAUCUUCCCCGGUUCUAACUCCCACAUGCUGUACAUAAGAUUUGUUUUGGGUAAAUGCAAUUUUCUAUUCCUCUCUCCCAAAGUGCAUUACAGAAUAUACACCUGUAAACUCUUAUCUUCUGCUCGAUGAUACCGGCAUAGUUCAUCAAUUACUGUACAUUAUAAAUUAGUUUGAUGUAUGAUGCCAGCUAGGAUGGAGUGGGAAAAGACUUUUGUGGCCACAACCACACACACACACACACACACACACACACACACACACACACAGAGAGAGAGAGAGAGAGAGAGAGAGACAGAGACAGAGAGACAGAGAGAAACCAAGAAUACAGCGAAAAGAUUGAAGGAGUUGCAGUGUUUCCAAGAGCUAAGUUCUACAGGUUAAUGGUUCUUAAAGAGAUUUCAGUGUGAAGAAAUACUGCCCUCUUUUGGAAUCUGUUUUUCAUUACUUUGAGUUAAAGAAGGAAAACUCAAUAAUCAAUCAAUCAAUUGCAUUUAUUGAGAGCUUACAAUUUGCAGAGCACUUUACUAAGCACUUAGGAGAGUACAAUGCAGUAGAAUCUGCAGGCACGUUCCCUGUCCAUAAUGACCAGCUAGCUCUCUUGCUCUGCAUUCUCUGCUACAGCUCACUUAACCUCGUUUCCUUAGCCAGAGUUUUCAGAAUGCGUGUUCAAAAGAAAUCCCCAUGAAGGGAAAUAUGGCACAGUAAUAAUCAUAAUGAUGGCAUUUGUUAAGAGCUUACUAUGUGCGAGAGAAAUCAGACAUCUUGACUGUAAGCCCCUUGUAGGCAGGAAACAUGUCUGCCAACUCUUUUAUAUUGUACCCUCCCAAAUGCUUAGUAAAAUGCUUUGGACACAGUAAGUAUUCAGUAAAUGUGAUGGACCGAUUGAUUUUAGAGACCAGUGGAAAUGCUGUAGAUCUCCUCACAGCAUUAGCGCUAAACAUUAGAGAAGAUCUGGUGUCUGAUGGCUUGAAGGAUUGAUCGUGCCUCUGCCAAAUAGAAGUCCUUCCUUGUCUCAGUAUUAAUCUGUUCCCAAUUGAGCAACUCUGUCAUUUCAGUGAAGAGGGGAGUGAUUUCUUGUGGAGAAGUACAUGGAGGAGAGUCAUCCAAGAGGUGUCACUGGAGCCUACUAGCACUGUGAAGUCAGCAUUUGCAUCGACACACAUUAUGCAAACCCCAUAUUCUUUUCAAUUCUAAGAGAGUUUAAAAAAAAGGGUGACGGUCCCACUGAAUGAAUAAUCUGUGCACGUGUACCACUCAGAGAGCUUGGACUUCAAAUAAAUUUGGUGAAUGAUACUCUC